AUGAAGUUCACCACCGCUCUUUUCGGUCUUACCGGGCUUGUCGGUCUGGCCCUUGCCCAGGCGCCCAUCAAAAACAACGAAGUUGACUCCGAAAUUGUUGUCCCGGACAGCUACAUCAUCACGUACAAGUCCAGCGCAACGCCCAGCAACAAGAAGAGGCACGAAGAAGCCAUCACCAAGAAGGCCAAGAGCAAGGACAAGGAGGGUGUUGUUGACAGCAUCAACCUCGACGGCUUCCAAGGCUACGUCGCUGAGAUUCCGCCCUCGGAGCUCAAGGAUGUCGUCAACUCUGACCUGGUCGCUUAUAUCGAGAAGGAUACUGUGAUCAACAUCACUGCCGUUGCCGCCCCUACCUUCGGCCCGCUCACCAUUCGCGCCUACACCACCCAGCUCCACGCCCCUUGGGGUCUCGCCCGCAUCUCGCACCGCUCCACCAACAACGGCGGCGCCUUCGACUCUGGCUACUACUAUGAUAGCACCGCCGGCGCCGGCGUGCACGUGUACGUGGUGGACACGGGCAUCCGAACCACCCACAGCGAGUUCUCGGGUGGCCGCGCCAUCUGGGGCGCCAACUUCGUCAGUGGCUCGCCUAACACGGACGAGUUCGGCCACGGUACCCACGUUGCCGGCACUAUUGGUGGCAAGACCUAUGGCGUGGCCAAGGCCUGCAAGGUGUAUGCCGUCAAGGUGUUCGACAAGAACGGCUCCGGCACCAUGGCUGGUGUGAUCCAGGGCCUGCAGUGGGCUGUCAACAACGCCAAGGCCCGAGGCGUCGCCAAGAAGGCCGUUGUCAACAUGUCCCUCAGUGGCUCCUACACUGCCGCUGUCAACGACGCCGUCAAGGCCGCCACCGAUGCUGGUCUCACCGUCGUCGUUGCUGCCGGCAACUUCAACGACGACGCCUCUCUCUACUCGCCCGCUUCUGCUCCCUCUGCCAUCACUGUCGGUGCCGUUGACGCUACCAACUACCGCACUUGGUUCUCCAAUUAUGGCUCCUUGGUCGACAUCUUUGCGCCCGGUAGUGGUAUCCUCAGCUCGUGGCACCUCAGUGACUCUGCCAGCAGGUACCUUGCCGGCACGAGCAUGGCCUCGCCGCAUGUUGCUGGUCUCGCUGCGUACUUCAUCUCCAAGGAGGGAAUCCAGGGUUCCGCUGCUGUCACCAACAGCAUCCUCAGCGCUGCCGUCACCAACGUUGUUGCUGACCCUCAGGGCAGCAACAACCGUCUUGCUUACAACGCUGGUGGUGCUUAA